AUGCUGAGCCGGACAGCAACCAAGGCUUCGCGCGCGUUCGGCGCCGCGAAGGGUGCUGCCAACAACACCGCAAAGCGCAAUGCCUCCUCGCAAAGCUCUUCCGAGUCGACCGCCUCAUGGGGAAAUACCGCACUCCUCACAUCCUCCACCGCCGCCGCUGCUGCAUCGGUAGCUUUUUACUGGUAUCAGUUCGGCCGACCGGCACAUGCCAUGACUCCAGCUGAAGAAGGUCUCCACGCUACACAGUACCCAUGGGAGCACGAAAAGUACACCAAGACCUUCGAUCAUGGCGCACUCCGCCGAGGUUUCCAGGUCUACCGGGAAGUCUGCGCUUCAUGCCACUCGCUCAGCCGUAUUCCCUACCGAACACUGGUCGGCAACAUCAUGACUGUCGACGAAGCCAAGGUCAUCGCCGAAGAGAACGAGUACGACACCGAGCCCAACGACGAGGGCGAGAUCGAGAAGCGCCCGGGAAAGCUUUCCGACUACAUCCCAAGCCCAUACAAGAACGACGAGGCCGCUCGUGCCGCAAACAAUGGUGCACUGCCACCGGAUCUCAGCUUGAUCGUCAAGGGCCGUCACGGUGGCUGCAACUACAUCUUCUCGCUUCUUACUGGAUACCCCGAAGAGCCACCGGCCGGCGCCAUUGUGCAGGAGGGCUUGAACUUCAACCCAUACUUCCCUGGUACCGGUAUCGCCAUGGCUCGUGUGCUCUACGACGGCCUUGUUGAGUACGAGGACAAGACUCCAGCCACCACUUCGCAGAUGGCCAAGGAUGUCGUAGAGUUCUUGAACUGGGCUGCUGAGCCAGAGAUGGACGAGCGCAAGAAGAUGGGCUGGAAGGUUAUGGUUAUUGGUACCACGCUUUUCGCCAUGUCUGUGUGGGUCAAGAGAUACAAGUGGUCCACGAUCAAGACCCGUAAGCUUUCGUACCAGCCACCGGUGCCGCAACAGCCAAAGCAGCCAGGCGGUGUAUUCCGAAGAUAA